GAUAAGUGUCUCAUCAAUAUUCAUGAUCAAUGCGUGCAGAUGCAUGACUUAUUACAAGAAAUGGGUAAAGAAAUUGUUCGACAAGAAUCGUCUAAAGAAGUUGGCAAACGUAGUAGACUGUGGUUUCAUGAAGAUGUUCGCCAUGUUUUAGAAGAAAAUACGGGAACAAACAAAAUUGAAGCGAUUUUGUUAGAUUUUCCUGAAGGUGAUGACAUGAUAUGCUUGCAUUCCAAGGCCUUUAUGAAGAUGAGCAAUCUUCGACUGUUUAUAAACCUGAAUGCACAAUUGGAUUGAAUUAUCUCUCUAAUGAAUUAAGAGUAUUUUAUUGGCCUCAAUAUCCUUCGUCAUUUUUGCCUUCUAAUUUUCGUGGAAAUAAUCUCAUUGAAUUUAAAAUGCGUGAUAGCCUCAUCAAGGAGUUAGGCGGCCUAAA